UACGUGCGAAAGGCACCCCGCUGCGUAACGGUGAACGCAGGAAAUAGAUCAAAGCGAAGGGCCGCAAAAUAGGGGAGGAAAAAAAAGUCGGUUUUAUCUCCACAUGUGAAGCAUCGCAAGGCGCAUUUGUUUCGGUUCCUAACGAUUAAGAAAUAAGUGGCAAGGGGAUGAUACUUCGCUUUUGCUUCUUCAUUUGCUUCUCCAUUUGCCUCUCCACUUGCCUCUCCUUUUUCCCCCCUUUUUUACAAAAUGAAUAAAGUCGCAAAAGUAAAAAAUUACAUUUGCAACAGUGCCCCUUUUCGAGAUGUGAUACUCUCAACUAUGAAGGUGAGGAGAACGGCGCCUUCCCUAGACGAAAAAUGGGGUCAAAAGGGAACUUUUUUUUUACCUAACUUACAUUCUGCAAAUAAGCAUACGGUGGAAAAUUACACCUUCUCAAUAUUUUUAAAUGGCAACAUUUUAAUUGGUAAUAAAGAAAAGGUGAGUGAAGAAGCUUCACCUGAGGACACCUCCAAACAGACGCUCCUUUUUUGGAAUAGAAGCCCAGGCGCCAGAUACCCCAAAAAGGCGAACAACGGAGCCCGUCCAGAUUGCCGUUCGGUCAGAAAAAUUAGGAAGAGAUUAAAAACGGGCAAGUAGACAUUUCUAUAAAAAGGAACCCAGCGGUUAUGAGUGACCUAGCUACGCGGAAUAGUUAGCUAUCGAGGCAUCCCCCUAUUCGCAGCACCGGAUAGACUUGCCCUUUGGAGGAGUCACCCCAAAUGUUAUAUGUAUUCCCACGUUUUUUAAUGUUGCUCGGGGGAGGAGAUGCACGAUCGUACGUAUGAUGUACGUAUACGCUUGCACACCUGUGCUGGCAGGGAACUGAGAAGCAAGUCCAAUGGUGAACUCGCCCC